CUGCACUUGGGGACAGGCAGACUGCGAGCCAGCUUGGCAUACUCCACAUCCAUAUGUUUGAUGAAGGGGCUAUUCAGGACCUUCACUGCCAUGUCUCCAUCCUCCUCAUCAAAGGCCUGGAUCAGCAUCUCCAAGGCGCGCGGUACGGUGACGCUGCGGCGGGCGGCGGCAGCACGGCAGGGCCAGCAAGGGCCACAGGAGGUCAGUGUGGCUCAGACAGUGGCAAAGGAGGGUUGCACGUCCGCCUCCCAAGUUCCCAUGUCGCAAUCCAGGCGGCCCUGUACGCCCCAACACGCCCACCGCCCACGCCAGCACCCACCUCCUGGCUCCCCUGAACACUCUCCGAGCCUUGACGCGAGCGAGGCGGCAAGUUCAGGCAGGAAGUCCCGCGAGGAAAAGUUUGGGCGGCGUAGCGAGGCGUCAGCGGCAAGUUACGGGAAGCAGGUGGGCUGACGAGAAGAGAGAAAAACAGAAGACAUCUCACCUGUCUUACCUAUCACAGACACGCCAAGCCUCGUAUGCCCUCACCUGCUCACCUGUCAGUCCUAAAAAGCCUGUAGCAGCCCCACGAAGCCUGCAUGACCUGUAUAAGUACGUCAAGCGAAGUCAAGACGAGUCAAGCCAGUGCUCUCUGUUCUACCAAGCUCCAUGAAAUAAUGUGUUGUCUAUAGUGAAAACAGACAAGUAGGGAAAGGAUAAGGUUGUGAGAUAAGACUCGGCUGGUAAACUAGACAGGUAAAUUGGACAGGUAGAUCGGACAGGUAGACGUUGUUGGGUUGUUGAGAAAGUGUAUGUUGUGGUGCUUCUAUUCUGUCUAAAAGAAUUAUUGUGUGUAGUUGCUUAUAAAGGAGGAAUCACUCAUUUCUUCACCGCCUUCUGCAGGAAAAAUGUGCAUGAUUUGAAGGAUGGUGCAGCGUCCGAGCCCAGCUGAUCCUUUCCUGUGACCCCCAAUUAGAUAUUCUGAGAGGCGCGAGGAAGUGAAGGAAAGUGAUGGCGUAACCUGUCUUAAGUGUCCUCUCAGCUUAUUUAUUCAUUCCCGAUCUCUCAAAGUGGAAAGGAAAACCAUCGCAACAUAACCAGUGAAGAGAUUUUUUUUUUCUUGUCUUUCUUCUGCCAUGUUGAAAAGUUACAAGCCAAGAAGCCAAGAACCGUUCCUGACUUUUACUUUUUGAUAUAACUUUGUGACAGGAGACAUUAAUAACUGACUGCAUCGGGGAACAAGGCGAGCAUUUUCUCCCCCGUUGCCUGAAGGUCACGCGUGUGUGUGUACAUGUGGGUAUCACCUCAUAUGUCGUCUCUCUCUCUUGCGGGAGUGGCUCGCAAGAAAUAGUGAAGAAAUAGGAAAAAGAUCCGUGUUUUCUCUGCAGCUUCUAGGGAUACAAGACUCUCUCUCUCUCUCUCUCUCUCUCUCUCUCGUAUUGACAAGUAUUGAAGACGUGCAGACGAAGAUGAGAGACGCGGCGGAACACUGAGAGGAGAAACAACAAGAAAAACGAGACAGGAAGGAGAAAGGGAAGGAAAAGGUGGAGGAGGAGGAGGAGAAGGUGGAGAGAGUGGAAAGAGGACAUUUAUCUCCCCGCUAUGCUGUCUUAUCUACACACGGAUGACAACCACUUCGCAGAGAACACCACCACCAUCACCACCACCUCCACCGCUACCACCACCACCACCAUCACCUGGAUUCCCCAAAUGACUUCCAGGAGAGGUGAUCUUUCAAGGGUACCGCUGCUGUUUUGAGGACUCCCCUUCUGUCCACGAGCCCGCCAUGUGGUCGUCAACCUCCCCCAGUCGCUGUUGUCGUUGUUAUUGUUGCCGUGUCCCUGUGUGCGUUAAUAGGAAAGUGUGUGAUACGUGGUUCGUCUGGGGGUCUACUUAAGCGGUCUAAUUACUUACCUGUACACACCUGAGAUACGUGUAUACAUAUUGCCACACCUGAAGAGAUAAGGAAACACUUACAUAUACACAAACCUGUGUACAUUCGUCUCUCUAUACCUUUGUAUUUACCUAUCUAUUUACCUACACACACACACACACACACACACACACACACACACACACACACACACACACACACACACACACACACACACACACACACACACACACACAUACAGACAUGGCUCCAAGUCUUCUGUAUUAAGUGAAGAGACUUGAGUUGUUAGAAUUGGAGCGAGAACCCACCUGACCCUGUUCCCAUCAGCCCUUCUCCCUCCCUGGACCCUUGAUCCGUAUCCCGAAGCCCCCAAGAGCACCCACCAACCCUUACCGAGUGACUACAGUACGCCAGUGUUACCAAGUCAGUGCACGAGACACGCUGAAGAGAAAGAAAAAGUGAGGUACCAGAAAAAAGUAGAUAAGAGGAAACUACAUCAAAAAAGCAUAAAAAAAGAGACAAAGAGAGACGGAAAAUUACAAAAACCUAAAGAGAGAGAGACAAAAGCGCUGAUACUCACACAAAAUAAUUGUUGGAAAUUACAAAACAAAGAAAAAUAGAAAGAAAACAAAGAAAAACUCAACCCAACCUAACACAGACAAUGCCGGAGAGAAACCAACCCUCACGUAACCUCACCUCCUUUUGACCUUUGACCUCUACGCGAUGCCGGGGACAGAGGCAGCGGUGGGGGAGGGGAGCGCUGGAUCUGGCCUAACGUUCUCGGCGGUAGAAGGAUGGCUGGACGCUCACCCCGAACUCGCUGCCGACUACUUCGUGAGGAAAGCCGAACUGAGCUCCGUCAACAAGUGGCUGGUUGCGCAUGGGUUCCUCACAGUGACUCAAGGAUCCUCCAGCCGUCGAGGGUCAACUAGUCUCACAGGAAGCCCUUGUAACAGCCCGUCUUCGCCCAUUGACAGGUUGGAAUCGCCCUUCGCUGGAGAUGACGACCUCACAGCACGCCGCGCGAACUCCAAGCGGUAUCUUCGCCACAACUUUGCCAAAUCGAAGAGCAAAUCAGUGUUCAGGACCUACGAGCCCUCGGCGGCGUCUGCGGCAGCGGAGGCCCGGCGCAGCAGCUUCAGAGGGGCAAUGAGGAAGUACAGCUCUCUCCCUCCUUCUUCCAACUACAUGCUGUGUCUUCUGAUUGAGUCGAAGGUCCGUCUCCCGCGCUUCGAGUCUACAACACUAGACCAUAAGAAGAAGCUGAGAUCGACGGAUGAAAAGGACUUCUUCUUGGAUAUCGUCAAGGACAUCGCCAACGACCUCGAUCUCAAGAGCCUGACGCACAAGAUCAUCGUUAACUUAAGACUCCUCAUGGGUGCUGACGGGGCCUCCCUCUUCCUCGUGCAAAAUACCAGCUCGGGGAAAAAAGUGCUGGUGUCGAAGGUGUUUGACGUCCACAGUGGUACCAACAUCUACCCAGCCACCACGGAGGACAACGCCAUGGAGGUCCCCUGGGGUAAAGGCAUUCUGGGUCACGUGGCGGAGACUGGGGACACGGUAAACCUCACGGCAGCAUACCAGGACUCACGGUACAACGACGAAGUGGACAAGAUCACUGGGUACCGAACUGACUCGCUCCUGUGCAUGCCCGUCAAGAACUGCUUCAACGAGAUCAUAGCGGUGGCUCAGGUGGUGAACAAGAACGUGGACUUCGAUCAGAUCUCCUUCAGCAUUAAAGACGAGAAGAUGUUCCAGACGUACCUUCAGUUCGUGGGCAUUGCUAUCACAAACGCACAGCUCAUGGAGACUUCCCAGGCAGAGUACGAGAGGAACAGAAAACUCCUGGAGGUGGUGCACGAUCUAUUUGAGGAGCAGACAUCACUAGAGAACGUGGUACUGAAGACAUUGCAAAGGGCACAGCGUCUCCUGAAGUGUGAGCGUGCUGCUGUGAUGCUCCUGGAGGACGGCUCUGAGGAGGGAGAGCAUCCAGGAGUAGUAGGAGGAACAGGAGGAGGAGGAGUGAGAGGAACAAGGAGUGAGACAGGAGAGGAAGGCCCGGGAUGGGUGGUGGUGAGGCGUGAGGCGGACACCACCCUUUCCCCCUCCUACGCCACGGUCAACAAGAUCACCACCCAAGUCUCUACACGCGCCAGCAGACCCAAAGACACUAGGACCCAACUGCCAUCACCAUCUCCACCGCUAUCACCACCGCCACUACUUCUGUUGCAACCGCCGGCGCCGCCCCCGCUGUUGGUGCCGCCACAACCGCCUCUUCCAUCCAAAGUGCCAAAUGAUGCCAAGAGCGUGCUAACAGGGGGCCUCCAGGCUACGGCAGGGCUGCUGGAACCUUCGUCAGCAGGCAAGAAGCAGAAUGUCAAGUUUUCCAAGAUAUUCGAGCUAAACUGUCCUGUGACUGGCCCAGGCACUGAUAAUGCCAAGCAGGUGGGAUCGAGUGAGAUGGCCAAGCACCUCCUGCACCUGGCUGAACAAGUUGCCUCGUUACAUUUCUUAUUUAUCAUUUGCCUCAUCUGUCUUCUCACACCCAUGACUGCUUUCCUCUGUGUUGCCAAGAUCAUCAACAAACUGAAUGGGCAGCCCUUCGAUGAGAAUGAUGAGCAGCUUUUUGAGGCCUUCACCAUCUUCUGUGGCUUAGGCAUCAACAACACACUCAUGUACAAUGAACUGGAGAAAGCCAUGGCCAGGCAGAAGGUGUUGUCAUAUCAUGCCACAGCUUCUGGUGAUGAGGUGGUUUGUCUUCAGCGUGAGGUCAUUCCAGACGCCAGCAAGUGGAAUCUCGGCUCCUUGACCUUCGAUGACUUCUCGCUGACUCAGGACCAGAUGGUACUUGCUGCCGUCAGGAUGUUCACUGACCUCAGACUGACCUCCAAGUUUAAAACUGAGUACAAGUUCAGUGGAAGUCAAGAGAAAGGGAAGGUUCAGACAAGGGAUUGGUUUCCUUCAUUAACUUACAGGAGACAUACUUUUAUCUUCUGUACAUUUCACCAGCCUACACCUCUCCCAAAUAGUCUGAAAUUGUGUUUGAAGGAUAUCCAUUAUUAUUUUACAGGAGACAUGUUUUCAUCUUUUGUGUAUUGUACUUCACCAGUGCCUAUCCCUGUGUUUGGUGAGACAUGGAGGGGAGAGGUAGUCACAUUAUUGGUCUGUGAUUUUUCAGUGAUAUCGUCCUUACAUCUUACCCUCACCCCACACCUUCCCCCACAGACUCUGCUGCGCUGUCUCAUCACUGUCAAGAGGAACUAUCGGAAUGUCACCUACCACAACUGAAGACAUGCCUUCCGUGUCGCCCACAACAUGUUUGCCAUCAUGAAGACGUGCAAUGUGAUGUCCAGCUUUGAGGAAGUGGAGUGUCUGGCGAUGUUUGUUGGGUGUCUGUGUCAUGACCUGGAUCACCGUGGCACCAAUAACUCAUUUCAGGAGAAGACGGGCUCGGCUCUGGCAUUGCUGUACGGCACUCAGAACACCAUGGAGCAGCACCACUUCAACCAUGCAGUGAUGAUCCUCAACUCAGAGGGACACAACAUCUUCAGCAACUUGCCUUCAGAGCAGUACUCAAGAGUUAUGAACAUCCUCAAAGCUUCUAUCCUGGCUACCGACCUCACCGUGUAUCUCCAGGUGGCUAAGCUGGUGACCUCUGAGUUCUUUGAUAAGGGUGACCUGGAGAAGACCAAACUCAAGAUUACCCCACCAGCUCUAAUGGACUGAGACAGGAAGCAUGAACUGCCACUUCUGCAAAUGCGCUGGAUCAAGGACAUCUGCUUGCCACUCUUUGAGGGUUUGGCCAAGGUGAUCCCGAAGCUGGCACCAAUGCGGGAUGGGGCACGGAAGAACAUGACCAAGUGGUUCAAAAUUGCAGCAGCACAGGAGAAUGGUGCCUGUGACCUGCCGGAGCCACAGCCAAGGGUUCCUGAUGGAUAGUCCACGUUGAGCUGCUGGAAGAACCAAGUCUGUUGUCUCCUGUAAGGCCACAGUGACUCAGCCAAGCAGUGAAGGCCAGCAAGAGUGCACAGUGUUGGAUAUGGAUGACAGUCAGUGCAGCCAGCAGGACAAUGCACACUUGUUUGAUAUAAUGGUUGUGAUAGCCUGUAAGUCUUACCAAGAGAUAAUCUAAACUAUAGCUAAGUGAGAGUAUUGUGAAGGUACUGGAAUACUAAUUAGUGUGGGCUUUAGCUACACAGUAUCAUGAAUACAACUCACCCUAGCUAAGAUUAAUGACUGGUUGUGAAAGACUGUCAGCGUGAAGAGGAAAGCCAUGACGUCAUCAGGCUGUUCAUCCCGACACCCUUGCCCACACUGCCUCGGCUCUGUCCUUCCUUCCCUGUGGCCUCAACAGGGCGACUACAGGCUUGGUUCCUCCCCGACAUCUGACCUGUGUUAGAAGUCGGUAGUGCAGCUCAACUCAGUGUUAGCUUAAUAACCAGUGUUGUUGUAAUACCCCAUGUUGACACCCCAGCCCAUCAUAUCAGUUGGUAAUGUUGACUGUUUGUGUACACAUUGUUGAUGAUUUGCACAAUUUCUUUUCUUUGUGUGAUUAGUCUCUGUUUUCAGGAAUAUUAAAGAUCAGUCCCAAUGAAAUUCAGUCAAGAAAUAAUGAUAAAGUUCUCUUAUGCCAAAAUUUAUGGAAAUUCUAGUUGAUAUAAAGUUUCUGUUCUGAACACAGCUGAUAAGAUUAAGUUUUAAAGUGUAUGUAUUUCUUACCUGGAAAAGAUUAGGCAGUUAAUGAUAAAAAUUCAGUGUCGAAAAGCAAGUAGCUUAGAAAGAAAACACUUAUCUAAGUCACUAUUAACAUGAGAUUAAAAAUUUCUUAAGUUUGCUUGUGACAACUCGUCAUGAUCAACAUUGAAGCAUAAACUCAAGAUUCAAGGCUCUUAUUUCUUUGGAUUAGUGCAAACAUAACCAUUAACAGAUU